GACCAACCAUCAAGAUCGGGCUUGGGAAGGCAUCUAGUAAACAGGUUUAUGUUUUAAGAGGCUAGAUAAAAAAUAAAAGAUGCAAAAGGCCAUCAUCUGGGGGUUAGCCCUCCUGGCCUUGUUGCUAUCUAGUACUACAGCCGAUGAAGAUCUCAACCCUGCUUACUCAGACCAGGUGGACGACUCUGAGGGUGUUGACCAAGUGUACGGCUCGGCCCAUGACGGUGGUAAGCGCGGUGAUGAUAGUUCAAACGAAGAUUAUUCAUCAAGGAAAAACAGACCGUAUAAAGUGUACAAGGCAACACAAGGCGGCCGUGGAGCUCGUGUAACCAAGGCCAACCAAGAUCGUUAUUCCGACGAGGGAUAUGAAAGUGAAGAUCAUUACGAAGAUGAAAAUGGAUCUUAUCAAACCGCCGUAAGAACUGGCCCGGGAUACGCCGCAUCUGUGUCUAGGUCUUCAGCGCAUGCCAGCGCCGUCGCUCAAGCCAAUAGUGCAGGAGGUGGAAGCAGCUAUCCGUAUUCUCCUUUCUCUCCAGUAGGCGGGUCUUCAAGUGCCCAAGCCCAAGCCAACGCUAAUGCCAACGCUGCAGGUGGAGGCGGCGGCGGAUAUUACCCUGGCGGUUACCCUGGCGGCGCUGCGAAUGCUCAAGCCCAGGCCAACGCUAACGCCAACGCUGCAGGUGGAGGCGGCGGAUAUUACCCUGGCGGCUACCCUGGCGGCGCUGCGAAUGCUCAAGCCCAAGCCAACGCUAAUGCCAACGCUGCAGGUGGAGGCGGCGGAUACUACCCUGGCGGCUACCCUGGCGGCGCUGCGAAUGCUCAAGCCCAAGCCAACGCUAAUGCCAACGCUGCAGGUGGAGGCGGCGGAUACUACCCUGGCGGUUACCCUGGCGGCUCUGCGAAUGCCGUAGCCAACGCUAACGCCAACGCUAAUGCCGGAGCAGGAGGAUAUUCACCAGUUUACCCUGGAGGCUAUGGCCCAGGAGGCAGUGCUUCAGCUGAAGCCAAUGCUCAAGCGAACGCUCAAGCUGGCGGAGGAGGAUACGGGCCGUACGUAGUCCCAGGAGGAGGUUCUGCUGGCGCUAGCGCAGCCGCUCAGGCACAAGCACAAGCCCAAGCCGCUGCUCAAGCUCAAGCACAAGCGCAAGCUCAAGCUCAAGCCCAAGCUCAAGCUCAACACAAGCUCAAGCUCAAGCUCAAGCUCAAGCCCAAGCUGCCGCUCAAGCACAAGCUCAAGCUCAAGCCCAAGCUGCUGCUCAAGCUCAAGCUCAAGCCCAGGCUGCCGCUCAAGCUCANCCCAGGAGGAGGUUCUGCUGGCGCUAGCGCAGCCGCUCAGGCACAAGCACAAGCCCAAGCCGCUGCUCAAGCUCAAGCACAAGCGCAAGCUCAAGCUCAAGCCCAAGCUCAAGCUCAAGCUCAAGCCCAAGCCCAAGCUCCCGCUCAAGCACAAGCUCAAGCUCAAGCUCAAGCUCAAGCCCAAGCUGCCGCUCAAGCACAAGCUCAAGCUCAAGCCCAAGCUGCUGCUCAAGCUCAAGCUCAAGCCCAGGCUGCCGCUCAAGCUCAAGCCCAAGCUGCUGCUCAAGCUCAAGCUCAGGCGCAAGCUCAAGCCCAAGCUGCAGCUCAAGCUCAAGCUCAGGCACAAGCUCAGGCACAAGCCAUUGCCCAAGCUCAGGCCGCCGCUCAAGCACAGGCGCAGGCUGCUGCCCAGGCUCAAGCUAUUGCUCAAGCUCAAGCUCAGGCCCAAGCCGCAGCCGCUGCUAAAGCCCAAGCCAUUGCUCAAGCUCAGGCCGCUGCACGAGCUCAAGCCGCUGCUUAUGCUCAAGCACAAGCUCAAGCUCAAGCUCAAGCCCAAGCACAGGCUGUUGCUCAAGCACAAGCUGCCGCCCAGGCCGCUGCUCAGGCUCAAGCUCAAGCCCAAGCUCAGGCUCAAGCUGCUGCUCAAGCUCAAGCCCAAGCACAGGCCGUUGCUCAAGCUCAAGCUGCUGCCCACGCCGCUGCUCAAGCUCAAGCUCAAGCUCAAGCUGCUGCUCAAGCUCAAGCCCAGGCACAGGCUAUCGCUCAGGCACAAGCGGCUGCCCACGCCGCUGCACAAGCUCAAGCUCAAGCCCAAGCUCAAGCUCAAGCUCAAGCUCAAGCCCAGGCAGCUGCUCAAGCACAAGCUGCCGCUCAAGCUCAAGCUCAAGCUCAAGCGCUUGCCAGUGGAGGAGGUUAUGCGCCAUAUCCACAUAUUGUUCCUGUCGUUCCUGGUUACGGAGGUGGUUCUGCUUCAGCCAACGCUGCAGCGAACGCUAUCGCUCAAGGCGGCGCAGGCGGGUACGGGCCAGUGCCGGGUUACGGAGGCGCAUCUGCUAACGCCGCGGCGAAUGCUCAGGCCAUCGCUCAAGGAGGCGCCGGGGGCUAUUCACCCUACCCAUAUGUAGUCCCUGGCGGCUACGGAGGGGGUUCAGCUCAAGCCCAGGCAGAAGCAAGCGCUCAGGCUAACGCUCUCGGAGGAGGAGGCUACGGACCUUACGGCGUACCUGGUGGAAGCAGUUCAGCUCAAGCAAACGCCCAAGCUUUGGCUCAAGGUGGCGCAGGAGGGGGGUUUCCAUACCCUUUUUACCCCGGACUAGGAGGAGGCUCUGCUCAGGCUAACGCCAACGCCCUCGCCAACGCCGGCGGGUACGGCCCUAGCUCCGCUAACGCUAACGCCAACGCUUUAGCCAACGUAGGCGCAAGUAAGUAUUGAUAAUGAUCAACCUGAUUUGUUUGUGUUUUCUGUUUUCACAAUAAACUUUACCA